AGGGGUGCGGGCUGGGCCCGCCGGGACCUGGACCCUGACCCGGAGCGCAGACCCGACGCCAGGCUGAAUCCGGCUGCAGACGCCCCCUGUGCUCGCUCUAAUCCUGCCUUGGUUCCCAUCUCCCCUGAACCCGACGUCCUCUUCCUUCUGCCGGGACCCCGGGCUCUUGGCCCUUCCCCAGCUCUUUUCCCGAGCACCUUGCUCCCUCACCCGCAGGGGUCGUCCACCCUACGUCUCCUCGCCCCGCUGCCCACCGCCCUCCGCCCUCAGAAAUCCCCCAUUCCAAGUCUCUCGGUUUUCCUCCUACAGGGAAUCCCGUCACGAGGGAUUUAAAAAAAAAUUUUAACUGUUGUGUCGCCUCUAGUCUCAUGUUUCGUUUUGUUGGUAAAUUAGCUAUUUUUAUAAACCUGGCGUUUUUUUGUUCCACCUGUGCUGCCCAGUAUUUGGCCACGUGUGGCUAUUGAGCUUCUGGAAUGUGAUAUAUGUCACAGAACAAACAUGCAGAGGCCCGGGAACUCAUGUGCUCUGGAGCGCUGCUGUUCUUCAGCCACGGUCAACAAAACAGUGCUGCAGACUUGUCCAUGUUGGUCCUAGAGUCGCUGGAGAAGGCGGAAGUUGAGGUGGCCGACGAGCUGUUGGAAAAUCUGGCUAAGCUGUUUAGUAUGAUGGAUCCAAAUUCUCCGGAGCGAGUGGCUUUUGUGUCUAGAGCACUGAAAUGGUCCAGUGGAGGCUCCGGGAAACUGGGCCACCCCCGGCUCCACCAGCUGCUGGCCCUCACCCUGUGGAAAGAACAAAAUUAUUGUGAAUCUCGGUAUCACUUCCUGCACUCUACUGAUGGAGAAGGAUGUGCUAACAUGUUAGUAGAAUAUUCUACCUCCAGGGGAUUUCGCAGUGAGGUGGACAUGUUCGUGGCGCAGGCUGUCCUACAGUUUCUCUGUUUGAAAAACAAAAGCAGUGCAUCAGUAGUGUUCACGACGUACACGCAGAAGCACCCGUCCAUUGAGAACGGCCCUCCCUUUGUGCAGCCCCUGCUCAAUUUCAUCUGGUUUCUGCUGUUGGCUGUAGAUGGAGGCAAACUGACCGUGUUCACAGUACUGUGUGAGCAGUACCAGCCAUCCCUCCGGCGGGAUCCCAUGUACAACGAGUACCUCGACAGGAUAGGACAGCUCUUCUUUGGCGUGCCGCCCAAGCAGACUUCUUCCUACGGAGGCUUGCUAGGGAACCUUCUGAGCAGCCUCAUGGGCUCCUCGGAGCAGGAGGGUGAGGACAGUCAGGACGACAGCAGCCCCAUCGAGCUCGACUGACGCCGCCGCCCGCCCACCGGACCUGCAUGCAGACGCCCGAGGCCGAGUCCCGGGGUCCUCGUGCCCCGCGGGCUCUGGGUUCUGAGGCUGUGGUGGCUGCGUGUUGGUGUCUGUGUCUGUGCGCUGGCCAAGGGCUGUGCGUCGCUGUGCCGACCAGGCCGACACCAUGUUCCCUCAGAUUGACCCCAAUAAAGCACAGGCCUUGCUGCGCCACCUUUCCCAGUCCUUUGUUUCUCUUUGCUUUGGGAGGGCUGAGGGCUGACGUGGGCGCAGCUUCUGGUGUGCCAGGCAGUGUCCUCCGCUGUCACGCGUGCCCGUCCUCAGCACAGACAGCACUUACGAGCUGUCCCAUGGACAUCCUGCUGUGGCCUGGAGAGCAGCUGUUCCGUGCUGAGUCCUGGAGCCACAUCCCUGCUGCUGAGGGGCACGUUGUCACUCUGGAAAUGGUGUCUUUCCAAAAGGAUGCUGCAGAACUUUACACCUCCUAAUGCAAUAUUUAUCUUCGUCGGUUGAUUGAUUCCUCUGACCUGACAUUAUAGGUUUUAGCCAGAAAACCAGUCCAGGGGCUGGCAGGGCUCUCCCGUCUCUCUGAUCUAUACAGGUGUUACCGGAUCGUUACGAACAGGAAACACUUUAUUUUUUCACAGUUAAGAGUUGUAGAUUAAUACACAGUGAUCAUGCAUGGGAAGGAGGGAAAUAAACAAUUUUAUUUACUGUAAAAAUGGAAUUUAAAGGAAGGUUUGUGUUAAUUGUUGAGUUUAAAUAAAUCCUUUAUACUGGGCUCUGCGGCACUGGUCCUUUCUGAGUGAGCUCCGGGACGUGGGCAUCUGCACAGAGGCCUGGGCCUCCCCAGCGAGGGGCCCGGCGCUGUGACCAGUGGCUUCCAGGCUGUCCAGCCUGAGGUGGAUGUGUGGACAGCAGCAAGAGGCCAGUGCUGGGGAAGUUUCAUGGUCUUAGGUGAAACAAGUGGCGGUGUUGGAGCAGUCAGGGUCUGGGCGGCGCAUGAGCCCCGGCCCUGGAGGAGAGGCUCUGCUGACCUGUGUCCUGAGAUAGAGAACGGCCGGAGCAACCUUCUCCCCCCAGGUGGUUCUUGGGGUGGUGGACUUGGGGCUCAGGUCUGACUGGUCAUCCACCGGGCAAGGAAGCUGGGUGGGGUCUGAACCCAGGAUGGGGGUGCUACUUCUGCCACAACACUUGUUUUGAAGCCACAACUUGCACCCGCCUUCGCUGAUGUGCUAGGGAACAGUUGGAGCAAAGUGCAUUUUUAUGUGUGAUUUGGCCCAGAAUUCAAAGGAGCUUGGACAAAGGGGCUGUGCUAGAGUGCAUGCAGCCCCAGGGGGUCACCCUCAGGUUUCAGGUUCCCCUCCUUCCAAGGCAGCUCCCAAUCACCACAUGAAGUGCCGGCUUUAGCUACUGUUUACUUCAGCCAGUAAACCCCGCCGUCCCCUCAGGAUGGGAUGAGGCUCCAGUGCGUGUGGCUGACCCAUAGCUGUGGUUUUCCCGUGUGGGUUGAAGGGCACGGUCAUUUUCCCUUUUCUAGGCGCAUAAGCGUACCCCUCACCUGAGUGCUAGCAGGUCAGGACAGCUGCACUGACCUCAUGGCCCCAGGACCAGCACUAGGUGUGCCCAGAGGGCCCCCAGGACCCAUGCGAGGGAGGGCCUGGCUGCAGCACCUUAAAAGAACUUCAAAGUAAGAAAAUUAAGGACCAGCCAUUUAUGGAGUGUAACUCGCAGCUUGCCUGAGAAAUCUCGCCACCAGUCGUCACGUUGUCUUACAGUGCUAGGGCAGCCGGGUUCCCGCUUCCUGCAUGCCGCGUGGGUGUGCGCAGGGUACGGCGCCCUGGCAGCGCAGCGCACGCCCCGCAGAGCACGCCCGUGAGUACGCACGCCGGCAUGCUCGUGUGCUCUCAGCAUGAGCCCCCCACCUCCAGGAACCAAGAAGAUCAGGCCAAGAGGACUUGGGCCGGGGGAGGGGGGCUGACCCCUGCACAGUGGGGAUAAACCAAGGGAACACAGGGUUUCUCCUGAUGCAGUUUGAGUUUCCUUGUCCAGAAAACAGGUCAGUGGUAGUGGAUAGGGCAUUAGGAGAUGGGGGUGGGGGAGGCGGCCUCGGUUUUGAGGAAGGGGUGAGGGCAACCUCUUCUGGGGCAUUGCCCGGGGCAGGUGGGUCUUCAUUACAUCCCCUGGGGCACUGCAGGUGGGGGGAGGGCUUACACUCGGUUGUCCUCACCGUCAGCCAUCCUAGAGCCCCUGCCCUGGCAGCCCUCGCUCAGCAGGGACAGUGUUUCUGUGGGUAGGGGUGCCUCGAUGCCCCCCAGUCCUUCAUCUCCCUCAGAAUCCAGAUUUUCAGGGGUUGAGCUGGUGGGCGCCAUGCUCAGAGGCAGGGGAGAGGCAGCAUCCCCAAUCCUCACAGCUCCCUGGGGGGGAGGGGGGACCAGAGCCCCCAACCCAGAUACUACACAAGAUGAGGCCACACACAAGCCCCACUCUAUUCCAGGACACAAGGGCUGGGGGCCAUCUGCUCACCCAGCAGGUGACCUGCCCCCCGACCCCCCCCCACGAUACACAGGCUGCCUGGGACAGCCGAGGACCAGCCUGAAGUGGAUCUGCUCCAUGCACUCACUCCUUCCCUGCACACUUCCACGUACAGGGUCCCCUGCUACCUCCACACUCCCAAGGGUGCACAGAGCCAAGUCACCUGGUGUGGAGGCUGUGGUCAGUUUGGCCAGUCGCACUCCGAAGUUCUGUGGGGCAUGCGCAGUUCCCAACCUCCAUCCUCCAAGGGUUCAGAGGCACCAUAAGGUCAGACAGGGGGCGCGGAUCACUGGACAGUGUCAAUCCCUGGGCUGGGCACUUGAGGUACCAGCAAGCAGCAGACAAACUUGACCCUCCAGUCUCCCAGCACAAGGCAGGGGACAUGGGGUGG